UAGCUCUACAGACCGCGAUGAAGACAUCACGGAUUAUUUGUAUUUUUCUGUACUUGGCUGUUUGUACUUCAAUAGUCUAUGGCAACUGUGCUGAUGAUGUUGCAUAUUUAUCCAGCAUGCCUCUCCGUCAACCUAACAGGCACUGGGGAGAAGAUGGAAAUCUUGGUAUCAGCGAUGAAAAUCUGAACUAUGAGUGGUACAGUGUUGUAUAUAAUGGAUGGCAAUUUAUUCUGGUUGACUCAACAGAAAAACCAAAUUAUACAGACUGUUCGGCAUACUAUCCAGUUUACUUGCGAGAUACACACCCUUCGAUUGAAACAUUGACCGAAACAUCUAUAGAUGCCGUGGCCUGUAAACGAGAUUAUUUGUAUCCGUGUGAUAUACAGCAUCAAGUGAAGAUAAGGAAAUGUGGAGAUGAAAUACAGUACUACCUGCCCCCGACAAAGUCGUAUAGUGCAUUCUGUUUCAAAAAUCAUUCCAAAAUCUUCGAGCCACCUGAUAUAUCAGAUGUUAUACUUGGAGACAUAGGCAUAACACCUGAGCUCAAAUUCACAGAAACUCUUAUUCCUAGUCCAUUUGGGAAUUCCAUAAACUAUGAUCCAUACUUUCAGUUCCGAUGCUUGUUCAACGUACAGCAGGAUUACUUUUAUAAAGUACAAUGGUACGUGAAUGGGGCACUUUUAGUUUCAUACGGCCCGACAACAGAAAUAAAUGACUUACUUUUUCACCAGAGCGUGCUUAUAGACAACAAAAUAACAAUGGGCUUUAAUAUUUAUUGCGGCAUAAGUGCUUUAACCUCUGAUGGUCCAAAUGCUAGUGUUACUGACAUGGUGUUUAGUGAAAGCUAUUACGCAGGAAUUAAAGUUAUAAACACAACAAUCUACAUUGAUAAAGGCGAUACUGCAGUAAUUCAGUUACAAUCAACAAUGCCAAUAGGCUGCAGAUAUAAUGAUCCGCCCGGUGAUGACUGUAUUGAAAAUUUCCAAAUAUUUAGUCGUGAAAAUGAAGGAUUUCAAUGUAAAGCUGGUGUUGCUAAUUUAGCACUUCAGCCAAACCAACGAUGCUCUAAUGGGUUACAGACACAGAAAAAAGGAUCAACUUGGGAUCCCGAUACAGUGUUCAAUUUCUCCAUUGUAACAACUGACAUGAACUAUAAUGAUAAACGACUUUUUUACUUGUUGUUACAAUUUCCUGAUAUAAUGGGUCACGAGAUAUGGAGAAAUUAUAAUUUCCCUGUCAUAAAGGUACAUCUUUUAUAUACUUUUACACGAGAUUGUUACUAUGAGCAACAACGAAAGAACGGCCAGCUCUACACGGGAACAUUUUUGAUGUAUAGGAACACAAAGUAUGGAAUAGAGGUACAAGAGCAAACUAAGAGCUGUAAUAGGGGACGGGCGACGUGUGCCUGUGGUGUUGCGAUACGAGCAGGUAAAGAUGUAUUCAUGAUAAAUAGGUGUGGAAGUAUCAACUACCUUGGCUUUACAAAAUGCGAAGACGGGGGAAUUUUACAAGUUGUAAGGAUCAAUCAUUACAAAUACGAUGUGUUCACACCCAUUGGAACUAAAAUAACAAUAAGACUUUUUCAAAAUGAACGCGAGGGAAGAUACGAAGGAACAAUGAACAUAGACAUUACAAUGGCACCUAAAGACUUGUAUAACAUUGAGGGAUUGUGUGGACAGUUUGACAAUAAUCCUGCCAAUGAUUUUCAACAUAGAGAUGGAACUGUCUCGGCAAUUAAUUCUGCAAAUCGUAAAAGUCACUUUGCUGACUUUACAGAAAGCUGGAGUUUAACUUCAGAAGAAACAAAGCAACUCAACUUAUUUCUAACAGGGCAAAGGACCUUAGACAGUUGGGGUGAUCUAAAUGGAUUGUUUUGUGUCUGUGAAAGCAACAAACCAGUAGCCGAAGCAACAUGCUAUCCCACCCAAUAUUUGAAUUGUACACUGAGCAGAUCAAUAACCGGUACAAAAUGUAACGUACUAAACAGAAGGAGGAGAAGCGCAGAUGGCAAUUAUAAAGAUGACAAAGAAUUAGACAGAUUACUUCAAUUAAUGACAGCACUAGAUACGCCGGAAAUAGAAACUAGGGUCAAGCGUCAAGACAUCCAAAAUAUACAUAUUACUGAAGCAGCUGCUGAGGAGUUGUGUGAAGAUAAAAUUGCGGGUAGUUUAGCUGUGCAAGAAUAUUCCGAGGUCGGUGGCAAUGAAGAUCCAAACGAAGUUAUUAAACAAUGUACAUUUGAUGUAGUGGCCGGAAAUGACACGUCAUGGGCAGCAGCACAUGUGGAAUCUAUUAAUAAUAUUGUAAAGAACAUGAUGGAACUUGAUCCUAUAUAUGUUGCAAAUAAUUCUGAAAAAGUUGUUAGAUUUUAUAAAAAUACAUGCCCAGGAAAUUGUAGCAACACCGGUGAAUGUAACGACAAAAGCGAGUGUGAUUGCUUUGGAUUUUUCCAUGGAGCAGAAUGUGACAUAGAUGAAAGAGAUCCUUUGACAAUUGACGAUAUAGAAGGUGGCGGAGAAUGUGAUCUCGCUGAUGGUGACGAAUGCUUAUGUUUCCAUGUCAGAUCUUCAAAUAUUCUUGAAGGUUUUCGAUGCAAGGCUAAUAUUUCUAAGAUAACAAUAAGUGGCGAAAGGGAGCUUAUUUCGACACCGUCCUUUUUUGGUGAAUAUGAGGAUAUAUUUACCGGAGUGUGUUGCAUACAAGACAACGUAAUUGAUACUGAAGGUUUAUUUGUUACGAAGUACGAUUUUUCAAUCAGCAACAAUGGCAUCACGUACGGAAAUGUAAAAAGUGUUCAUGUGUACGACUCUACUUGCCAAGAAGCAACUUUUACUUCUUUUGAAAAUGCCUCGUUUAGCCUAAAGCCUGAAUACUGUUUUAUCGAUGGCGGUUGUGUAGCAGAAAAUGACAUGUCUCCAGCAGGUUGUUUAGCUUGUCAAUCUUUGGUUGAUGAAUAUAAUUGGACGGUCAAUAACCCGUGUCAGAAUAAAGGCAAUUGCACCGGAGAAAUUUAUGGCUAUACAUGCUCAUGUGCACACGGAUAUGGUGGAAACAAUUGUGAAUAUGAUAUAAAUGAGUGUGAAUCAGACCCCUGUGAAAAUGAUGGGACAUGCUCGGAUCAACUUAAUGGCUUCACCUGUUCCUGUGUUGCUGGGUUCACUGGUACUAAUUGUGAAAUAAAUAUAAACGAAUGUUCAUCUCACCCAUGUCAAAACAAUGGAAUAUGUAAAGACGGAAUUAAUAUGUAUUCAUGCAUGUGCCCACCAGGCUUUGAGGGGACUCACUGUGAAACAGAUAUCGAUGAAUGUUCGACCAAUCCCUGUAAGAAUGGAGGUACCUGUUUUGAUCGUGUCAAUGGAUACACUUGUGAAUGUGUGGUUGGAACAUAUGGGGUCAAUUGUUCUGCUGAAAUAGACAGUUGCGCAGCAAACCCAUGUGAGAACGGAGGAACAUGUGGCGACAUCAACAAUUCACGGAUAUGUCAAUGUGUUGAUGGUUAUGCUGGUUCUAACUGUGAAAUUGAUAUAAAUGACUAUGAAAAUAACCCUUGCCAAAAUGGUGGAAGUUGUGCAGAUUUUGUGAAUAGUUACAAAUGUACCUGUGUGACUGGGUAUGAAGGGACUAACUGUACAACUGAUAUCAAUGAGUGCUCUUCAAACCCUUGCAAGAAUGAUGGCGCCUGUGUUGACCUUGUAAAUGGAUACAAAUGUACAUGUGUUGCUGGAUAUAAUGGCGAUGACUGUGAUCAAAAUAUUAACGAAUGUUCUUCGGACCCUUGCAAGAACAGUGGUACCUGUAAGGAUCUUGUCAAUGGGUAUGAAUGUAUAUGCGUUGCUGGAUAUAACGGAACACAUUGUUAUAACAAUAUAGAUGACUGUUAUCUGAACUCCUGCAAGAAUGGAGGAACAUGUAAGGAUCUUGUUAAUGAUUACGAAUGUACAUGUGCUGCUGGAUAUGACGGAAUUAAUUGUGAUAACAAUAUCUAUGAGUGCUUAUCCAACCCUUGCAAGAAUGGUGGAACAUGUAAUGAUCUUAUCAAUGGAUAUGAAUGUACAUGUGUUGUUGGAUAUGGUGGAACAAAUUGUAAUAAAGAUGUCAAUGAAUGUUCUUCAAGCCCAUGUGAAAAUGGUGGAAGCUGUAAGGAUCUUGUCAAUGGAUAUGAAUGUAUAUGUGUUGCUGGAUUUGACGGUGUUAAAUGUGAAAAUGAUAUCAAUGACUGCUCGUCGGAUCCAUGCAAAAAUGGCGGUACCUGUACGGAUCUUGUGAAUGAAUAUGAAUGUACAUGUCUUGCUGGAUAUGACGGAACUGAUUGUGAAAAAGACAUAAACGAGUGCUCCCUAAAUCCAUGCAAGAAUGGCGGUACCUGUGAGGACUUUGUAAAUGAGUACGUAUGUACAUGUGUUGCUGGAUAUGACGGAAUGAAUUGUGAUAACAACAUCAAUGAAUGUUCUUCAAACCCAUGUGAAAAUGGCGGAACAUGUAAUGAUAUUGUCGACGGAUAUGAAUGUACUUGUGUUGCUGGAUAUGACGGCAUGCAUUGUGACAAAGAUAUCAAUGAGUGUUCACCUGACCCUUGCAAGAAUGGUGCUACCUGUAGGGAUCUUGUUAAUAAUUUCGAAUGUACAUGUGCUGCUGGAUAUGGCGGGUCUAACUGUGAAUACAACAUAAAUGAGUGCUCUCCGGACCCUUGCUUGAACGGUGGUUCUUGCGAAGAUCUUGUCAAUGGAUACGAAUGCACAUGUGUUACAGGAUAUAACGGAACAAACUGUGAAAAUAAUAUCAAUGAGUGCUUGCCAGAUCCUUGUAAAAAUGAAGGUACAUGUAAGGAUCUUAUAAACGGAUACGAAUGUACAUGUGCUGCUGGAUAUGACGGAAUUGAUUGUGACAACAAUAUCAAUGAAUGUUCUUCAAAUCCAUGUGAGAAUGGCGGAACUUGUAAUGACUUUGUCAAUGGAUAUGACUGUACAUGUGCUGCUGGAUACAACGGCAUCAACUGUGACAAUGAUUUUGAUGAAUGUUCAUUGAACCCAUGUGAAAACAACGGAAUAUGUAAAGACAGAAUAAAUAUGUUUACUUGCGAGUGUACACCUGGUUUUAAGGGAGAACAAUGUGAAAUAAAUUUGGAUGAAUGUAAUCCCGACCCCUGUCAAAAUGCUGGAAGCUGUGAAGAUCGAGAUAAUGGAUACACAUGUAUUUGUGCGGAAGGAUAUUUUGGCGUUAAUUGUUCAACAGAUGUCAACGAAUGCCUAAGUAACCCGUGUGAGAAUAAAGGAACGUGUGAGGAUAAAGUAAAUGGGAGGAUAUGUCAUUGUAUUGAUGGAUAUGAGGGCUUAAACUGUGAAAUAGAUAUCAACGAAUGUUCAAAUAGCCCAUGCAUGAAUGGUGGUAGUUGUAGAGAUCUUGUUAAUGGAUACGAAUGUAUAUGUGUGCAAGGAUAUGAUGGCACUGACUGUGAUAUUUAUAUAGAUGAAUGCUUUUCCGACCCUUGCAAGAAUGGUGGUCGCUGUAAGGAUCUUGUCAAUAAGUAUGAAUGUACAUGUGUUGCUGGAUAUGAAGGGCAAAAAUGUGAAAACGAUAUCAACGAAUGUUUAUCGAAUCCAUGCAAAAAUGGUGGCACUUGUACCGAUAGUGUCAAUAAAUUCAAUUGCACAUGUGCUGCUGGAUAUAAAGGAGCAAUAUGCGAUACUGAUAUCGACGAAUGCAAUUCUAACCCUUGUGAGAACGGCGGUACCUGUACGGAUCUUGUAAAUGGAUAUGAAUGUACAUGUGUUCCUGGAUAUGACGGAAUGAAGUGUAACAAUGAUAUAGAUGAUUGUUCACCUUAUCCGUGUAAGAACAGCGGAACGUGUAAAGAUCUCACCAAUGGAUACGAAUGUACAUGCGUUGCUGGGUAUGACGGAAUUAACUGUGAUUAUGACAUAAAUGAGUGUUCAUCAGACCCAUGUAAGAAUGGUGGAACCUGUAAGGAUCUUGUAAAUGAAUACGAAUGUACAUGUGCUGCUGGAUAUGACGGAUUAAAUUGUAACAAUGUUACACCAACAACGACCAUGUCACCCGAUGCUAAUUUUGCUCGAGCUACGAUUUCUAUGAGAUUUCCAUUCGAGUCAAAAUUCAAUGUUACGGAUCCAAAUUUAAAGUCUGACGUAACAUUUCAGCUGACCAAGGAAUAUAAAGACAAUAUUGGGAAUGCGUUAAAGGCCCUAGUUAUUUUACGAUUGAGUAAGGGAAGCGUUAGGGUCGAGUUUGAGGUUAUUUAUGAGAAAGAAACAUCAUCUGUUAGCGAUCUAAUUAAGACAAGUAUCGCUUAUCUAAAUGGAGAUAAAUCAAUAGAAGUGUUUAAUGAAACAGUUUCUGCAAUAACCGUUGAGAUUAAUUCUAUUACGGUUACUAACGAAACUAGCACGGAUGAAUCAAGACUUUGUAGUGUCUUUGAAAUACUGCAAGGACCUUGUCAGGAAAAUCAAAAAUGUUCUAUAAUGGAAGGAAAUUUUUCCUGUGUGGCACAUGAAGAUGAUGGAAUUGGUUUGAAGAUUGUGAUUAUUGUCAUUGUUUGCGUGUUAUUUGUACCAAUAAUCAUUUUCACAAUUACCUGCUUGGCUAUUCGGAAAAUUCGGAACAGGGGCAAGGAGCUACCACAUUCACAAAGACUGAAAAGAGACUCGAUUGGGUCUGGGAAGUCAUGGACAAAUUGGACAAACCCUAAACUAAUGGGUUCCUAUAGAAGCCGCCUAAGUGGACGAUCUUUCACGUCUGGCAGUUAUUUACCAGACUACUCGAAAAAUUCACAUGGAUACAAGUGUUAAAAUAUUGUUAACUGGUUAUUUCCCCCAAAAAUUAAAUAAGAAAUUACGAAUUGAUCAUAACUUUAUCCCACUCAUGCUUACACAAGGGAAAUUUAGAAACAAGAGUGUAAAAUUCAUAGAUUUAUAUGUUUGGUGUUGUGGUGAAGCUAUAUGUUUAUUUAUCAAAGACCAUAUAACUCUGUCGAUGAAAACAAUGUUUAAUGUAUGAUAAUUAUAUGACGUUUCAUUGGUAGUUUGUAAACAUACUGCGCAGGUUUUUGAAUUAUUCAGUAUGUUGAUUACAGCCAUGUUCCAGAAUUCUACAAGACUUAUUCUCUGUGCUUAUUGAACAAAUGUGUUCUAUUUAUAGUUUAAAUUGAAUGUAAGAAGAGUCUUCUUGCACCUUUCAAAAAUGGGCAUAUUCAAGAAUUUUCUGGAUCCUCCUUUGUGUAUAUUAAUACUUUGGAAUUUCCAUUUAGGAUUUCAAUUAAGAUUUAAAAGCCUUUAAAACUUAACAUUUUGAAGUGAUUCGUCUGUUAUUAUAACCAAAACAUUUGAACUGUUAAAAAAUAUCAUGCUUUAAUCAUUCCGGAAU